UGUGGAAUCAAAUUGUUUACCUGUGAUACCGGAAUGAAAGAGACAUUCUUCUGAUUGUUUUCACGAAUGCACACGCUUAGAGCAACCAAGCAUGUUUGUUUAUUUGAGUAAAAAGAUCGCCAUCCCGAACAAUAUACGACUACAAUGUGUGUCGUGGAACAGACAGCAUGGCUAUAUUGCCUGCGGAGGGGAGGAGGGACUGCUCAAAGUCGUCAAAUUGGAAAGUCAAACAGGAAAAGACGCAAAGGUCAAAGGUCUCGCUGCACCGAGUAACCUGUCUAUGAACCAGUCUCUGGAAGGACACAGUGGGGCUGUGCAAGUGGUUGCCUGGAACGAGCAUCACCAGAAGCUGACCACGAGUGACCAGUACGGGCUCAUCAUUGUGUGGAUGCUCUACAAAGGCUCGUGGUACGAGGAGAUGAUCAACAACCGGAACAAGUCGGUGGUCAAAGGCAUGAAGUGGACGUCGGAUGGACAGAAGAUCUGUAUUGUCUACGAGGAUGGUGCUGUUAUCGUCGGUUCCCUGGAUGGCAACAGGAUCUGGGGGAAAGAGCUAAGAGGUCUGCAGUUGGCGUGUGUGGAGUGGUCUCCGGAUGCUAAGAAGAUUCUUUUCGGCAUCGCCAAUGGAGAGGUCCAGGUUUUCGACAGUGUGGGAAAUUUCAUUAGCAAGCUCAAGGUGUACUGCCUGUCCAACGUGACUGGGGCUAUUCUGAUCGCAGGCCUCGAGUGGUACAACGGACUCAAUGGCUACGUGGAACCGAACUGCCCCUCGCUGGCACUCUGCUUCGACAACGGACGCUGCCAGAUCAUGAAGAAUGAGAUUGACGAAGAUCCCAUCCUGAUCGACACGGGUAUGCAGAUUGCCCAGGUGGCCUGGAACCACACGGGCUCCAUCCUGGCCAUCGCCGGCUCCCAGCAUGCCCUGGGGCAGGACAAGGACGUCAACGUCGUGCAGUUCUACACGCCGUUUGGCGAGCACAUGCGCACACUGAAGGUUCCGGGCAAGGAGAUGUUCUCGUGCUCCUGGGAGGGAGGCAGUCUGCGCAUCGCUCUAGCUGUGGACAGCUUCAUCUACUUCGCCAACAUCAGGCUGGACUACAAGUGGGGCUACUGCUCCAACACAGUGGUGUAUUCCUUCACCAAGCCCGACCGGCCUGAGCACUGUGUCAUCUUCUGGGACACCAAGAACAAUGAGAAAUAUGUGAAAUAUGUGAAAAAUCUCAUCAGUAUCACCGCCUGUGGUGAUUAUUGUUGCCUAGCAACCCGCGGCGAUGAACCCACCAAUCAGUUUGUCCUAGUCCUCUGCAACUCGAUUGGGACGCCGCUAGACUCUAAGUACAUUGAGAUGGAGCCCGUGUACCUGUGCAUGACCCGAACCCAGAUCAUCUGCGCCACCAAGGAGGCUGUCUACUGCUGGCAGUUCAAGAACCCCAAGAAACUGGCCACGCUGGAGAUGGCUUCAAAGAGAAAGGCCGGAUCAGAGAAACUGGUGCACAUCGAUGAUAUUCCGUCGGGCUCCACCACCGGCCAGGAGGAGAUUGACUUCAGCAAGGCCUACGCUGACACGGAGGACCCAAUCUGCUGUAUCUGUGCCUCCGACAAGACCCUGAUGGUGGGUCGAGAGUCAGGAACUCUGAUUCGCUACUCGCUGCCGAUGGUGGCCUUGACCCACAAGUACACGCUUUCCUGCCGGCCCCAUCAGCUCAGCCUCAACUGCAACUCAAGCCGUGUGGCCAUCAUCGACAUAGCGGGAGUCCUCUCCUUCUUUGACCUUGACACUCGAGUGACGGACGCAGACGGCAGAGAGGUUAUCGGCGAGCACCUCGGAUUCGAACGCAAAGAUGUCUGGGACAUGAAAUGGGCAGAGGACAAUCCGGAGUUGUUUGCCGUCAUGGAGAAGACGAGGAUGUACAUUUUCCGUAACCUUGACCCUGAGGAACCCAUCCAAAGCUCAGGCUACAUCUGCCAGUUCAGCGACCUACAGAUCAAAUCUGUGCUGUUGGACGAGAUCAUGAAAGACCCGGAGAACCCCACCAAGGAUGAUGUGAUGGAGAUGGAGAUUAAGUCUCUGCGUGACACCAGGGAUCUUCUGGAGAAAGUGGGCAUUGCCGACGCACAACAGUUUGUGGAGGAGAACCCGCACCCUCGUUUGUGGCGUCUGCUGGCCGAGUCUGCCCUGGAGCAGCUCAAUCUCAAGGUUGCAGAGACAGCGUUUGUGCGCUGUAAGGAUUACCAGGGCAUUGAGUUUGUCAAGAGGCUGGGGAAUCUAGGUACGUGUGUGUGUAUGUGUGUGUGUGUGAGAGAGAGAGAGAGAGAGAGAGAGAGACAGCCUUUGUGCGCUGUAAGGAUUACCAGGGCAUUGAGUUUGUCAAGAGGCUGGGGAAUCUUCAGGUACGUGUGUGUGUAUGUGUGUGUGUGUGAGAGAGAGAGAGAGAGAGAGACAGCCUUUGUGCGCUGUAAGGAUUACCAGGGCAUUGAGUUUGUCAAGAGGCUGGGGAAUCUUCAGAAUGAGCAGAUCAAACAAGCCGAGGUGGCCUCCUACUUCCGCCGCUUCGAGGACGCUGAGAAAGUCUACCUCACUAUGGACCGCAGGCGGUGACCUACUACGUACAGGGCAGGAACCAGGAGCGACUGGCCGAGUGCUACUACAUGCUGGAGGACUACGGGGGUCUGCAGAAGAUGGUGCACUCACUGCCGGAGAACCACAAACUGCUGCCCGAUAUUGCGGCCAUGUUUGCCAGUGUGGGGAUGUCAGAAGCUGCCGUGGAGGCUUUCAUCAAGUGUAACCGUGUGAAGGCGGCCAUCGACUGCUGCGUACACCUGAACCAGUGGAACACGGCCAUCGAGCUGGCCAAGUCUCACAACGUGCGCGAGAUCGACAUGCUCUUGGCCAAGUACGCCCAGCACCUGCUGGAGAAGAACGAGACGCUCAACGCCAUCGAGCUCUACCGCAAGGCCGGACACUACAUGGACGCCGCCAAACUUAUGUUUAAGAUCGCAGACGAUCAGAUGAAGAGCGGCAAGAACCCGCUGACCAUCAAGAAGAUGUACGUGCUGGGUGGUCUGCUGGUGGAACAGUACCAUGAGGUGGUCAAGCUGACCGCUCGCUCCAAGGGGAAAACUAAACAGGCGGCCUCAGCACUGGCAGGGUUCCUAGAGGAAGACGUGUCCUCGAUGUCGGACACAAAGAUCAUCGACGCUGCCUGGCGUGGGGCUGAGGCGUACCACUUCUACAUCCUGGCGCAGCGGCAGAUGCAUGAUGGCUAUGUCGAUGCAGCCAUGCGUACAGCCAUGUACCUGAGGGACUUUGAGGACAUCAUAGACCCAGUGUGCAUCUACUCUCUCCUGGCCCUGGCAGCGUGUGCGAACCGAGCGUUCAACGUGUGCUCCAAGGCCUUCAUCAAACUGGAGAGUGUGGAGAGCCUGACCGCGGAGCAGAAACAACACUUUGAGGAGCUGGCCAUGGAGAUCUUUACCAAACACAGCCCCAAAGACAUGCGGGGAGGAAAAGUGGAAUGUCCCAACUGUGCCUCGCAGAUGCCCGACUGGGCGACGGUGUGCCCGUCGUGUGACACCAAGUACCCGAGCUGCAUCGUGACGGGCCGGCCCAUCCUGGAGUACCAGUUCUGGAUGUGUAGCCGCUGCAAGCACCGCGCCCUGCAGGGGGAGAUCACCCACAGGAAAACCUGUCCCCUCUGCCACACCAUCGUCUGAUCGUUUAGUGACCCGCACAGCCCCUUCGUCCAAUCGUUUAUUAGCCCGCAUAGCCCCCAGUCGCUACGAAUUGUUUAUCAACCCGCACUGCCCCAGUAGCGCUUUGAUUUCCCUCAAGAGUUCUCAUUCCCUAGGGCGAACUAACUUUACAGUGGAGUCUGCAUUUGGUUAAUCGAAAGCAAGACAAAUGUGUCAUGAC